CCUCAGUAGUAAAUAUUAAUCUCAUAGUAAUCCUCAACUCCAUCCAAAGCGACGUAGACGGGGUGAAAAAAGUUCAAUUGAGCUUCAGUUCCCUUUCCACCGCCGAUAUGGCAUCCUUCGCGACAGCAACACGCCUCUCGGCCAGGCUGGUCGGUCGACGGGUCGCCCAAGAUGCUGCUUCUCGAGGCUUUCGCACAUCUACCGCCUCACUCGCCGCCCAAAAUUUCACCAUGCCUGCCUUGUCGCCGACCAUGACCGAAGGGAACAUUGCUACUUGGAAAGUUAAAGAGGGCGACUCGUUCUCGGCCGGUGAUGUUCUGCUCGAGAUUGAGACCGACAAAGCCUCAAUGGAUGUCGAGGCCCAGGAUGACGGCAUUCUCAUGAAGAUCAUGCAAGGCGACGGUAGCAAGAGCAUCCAAGUUGGUACUAGGAUAGGAGUCAUCGCAGAGCCCGGUGACGAUAUCAGCCAACUAGAGAUUCCAACCGAUGAGAAGAAGCCUUCUCAGUCCGCCAAACAGGGUACGCCGGCCGAGAAGGAUGAGCCCAAACAGUCCGCCAGCUCCGAGGGCACCGGAGCACAGAAGCAGCCGAGAAAGUCAGGAGAAAAGGCACCACCUCAGAAAUAUCCUCUCUAUCCAUCAGUAGCCCAUCUUAUCAAGGAAAAUGGCCUAGAUGAGUCUGCUAUCAGCGAGAUGACGCCCACAGGACCCGCUGGACGACUUCUUAAAGGUGAUGUUUUGGCCUACCUGGGAACUGUGUCUGCUGGCAGGCCUGAGGAGAUUAUGAAGCGCUUCAACCACAAUGCUCAUCUUGAUCUCUCCAACAUCAAGAUCGCUGCCCCGAAGGAGACUGUGAAGAAGGCGGAUAAAGCCUCAGUUAAGGAGGCUCCAGUUCCAGAGAAACAACUGGUUUCAUUGCCCGUAUCGUUAGCAGCAGUCAUCGAAGUCCAGGCGAAGAUGGAACAAACACUAGGCACUUUUAUCCCACUGUCUACCUUCCUUGAGCGGGCCGCCCAAGUCGCUAACGACGCACUGCCGUUACCAUCUAACUACAAGCCUACUGCGGAUGAGCUUUUCAACCAAGUCCUAGGUCUCGAUAAUGUCGGCCCCAAGGCAUCACGUGGCCGAUAUCUGCCCCAAAUUGCGGCUCUUCCUCCUUCAAACCUGACCGGUGUUGCUCCAAAGCCACAUGUUAAGCUGGACAUCAUCGAUUUCCUGGCGAGCUCCACCAAAACGUCAACGCCUAAAAAGAGAAAGACCCCAACCCAGCCAGGUAUGUCGACUGGCACCAACUUCUUCAGCCUUACGGUACCUAAGGACGAAGAGAAGCGAGCCAAGGUAUUCCUACAAAGGAUGAAAACUGUGCUGGAAUCUAAGCCGGGUAAUUUGGUCCUAUAAAUCGGCAAUAAAUGCGGAAUAUUGUACCUAUAAACUUUGUAAUGCCUAUACGCGAACACAAUUAUAGACUCAACAGUGUCGACACCUCUGGAUUUUGAUGGUAUCUCAGAUACGCUCGGACUGGACCAUGCUUCUUUGUGAGUAGUCAUGAAAUAUAAAGAUAUGCAUAGCUUUGG